ACAAGAUUGAAACUGUAACCGAUAAGUUGGAUCGAUUGUUCGGAAAACAAAAAAGAAAGAAACUUGUAAAAACAAAUUUUUUAAAAUUUUAUGGUGUUUUUUCCUCUGCUAAUACUACCAAGAAUUUUAAAGAAAUCAAUAAUAUUUUAAUGUCAAUCGAAUAAUCGCGAUUUGAAUUAUCUGGUACCAACAUAGAGAACCUUUUAACACGUCUUUAGCAAGUUUCAUUUGAGCAUGUUCCUGGGUGCAAAAAGAGUGAUGUGUGCAAAACCUUUUUUUACGAUAUGUAAAAAACGUGUAAUUUUCGACUGUGUUUCUUGAACUUUGCAUGCUAUCAUUAUCUUUGUUAAAACAUCUUAUCAUUGCUUUCAUUUUUCCCCAGGUAGGAAAGAUUACUUAAUCAUUUGAAUAAUGGGGAGAUAUUCUGGAAAGAGAUGUCGGUUGAUGAGUAUGUUUACUCUCACCACAAGUUUUUUCUUCAUUGAAAUCAUUGUAGGUUAUUUUACAAAUUCUGUUGCGCUUAUAGCAGACUCUUUCCAUAUGCUGUCAGAUGUGAUAGCUUUGAUAAUAGCAUUUUUAUCUGUACAGAUGUCUCCUAGAAAGUGGUCUAAAAACACUUUUGGCUGGGCCAGAGCGGAAGUUUUAGGCGCAUUGGUUAAUGCAGUAUUUUUAGUAGCUUUGUGUUUCUCUAUAUUUAUUGAAGCUUUAAAAAGGUUGUUUAAAGUUGACGAGAUUCGUAAUCCCAAACUCAUUUUAUAUGUUGGAAUAGCUGGAUUAAUAGUUAACAUUGUUGGGCUUUUCCUAUUUCAUGAACAUGGUCAUGGCCAUAGUCAUCGUAGAGCUCAUCAUCGAAGUUUACCUACCAUUGAAGAAGUUCUUGCUGAGGAAGAUAUAAAUGAAAAUCAUGAAAAUUACAGACUAUCAGACAAUUUGCCAAAUACGACCCAAGAUGCACAUGGAAAUCGUCAAAUGGCAACUGGCAGUCAAAUGAACAUGAGAGGUGUUUUUCUCCAUGUACUUGCUGAUGCCCUUGGUUCAGUUAUUGUUAUAAUUAGUGCUCUUGUUAUUUGGCUGACAGAUUGGAAGUACAGAUUUUAUGUGGAUCCUGCUCUAAGUAUUUUCAUGGUUAUGCUUAUUAUGCGAUCAACCUGGCCAUUAUUGGUGGAAUCUGCUUUGAUUUUAUUGCAAACUGUUCCAACUCAUAUUCAAGUUGAUUCAUUACAAAAAAAGUUAUUGCAAGAGAUUGAUGGAGUAUUAGCUGUUCAUGAAUUUCAUGUGUGGCAAUUAGCUGGUGAAAGAAUUAUAGCUUCAGCCCAUAUUCGAUGCAGAAAUUUAGUUGAUUAUAUGCAGAUUGCUGAGAAAGUGAAAGAAUUUUUUCAUAAUGAAGGAAUACAUUCUACCACAAUACAGCCAGAAUUUGUUGAUAUUCCUUCAUAUCAAGAGAAAGAAGAAAACUGUGUUUUAGAUUGUCCUGCUAGCACAAAUUGUACAGCUCAAACUUGCUGUGGUCCUCAAAAGGAAGGUCAGUCCCCGCAAACACCUCGUUCUGCUCCAGCUUGCAGGCAGAGGGUAAACAAUGGAGCCAACUCAGAAACAUAUCCCGAAGAAAUCACUCUAUCAAUAGAGGGAGGAGAUUUGAAUGCAGCCUGUUCUGCAAUGAGCAAUCGACACUCUUAAGGACAUGACAAUCUUUGUCUGAAUGUGGCUGUACUUUUGCCUUGGGAUGCUGUUAUUGAUCAAGAAAAGCAGUAGAUACUCUAGUUUUUUUAAAUAUAAAUUGACAAACUGAAAUGUAUUUGGCGGGAGCAGUUAAGGUUUUUAUAUUCAGUUUUCAAAAUUUUCUGUAUGUCUCUCAUCUACACUUGAGGUGCACAACCUACAGCUCCUGUUUGAUCAAUUCUAACUAAAAUUAAAUAAUUUUAAACUUUUUUUUUAAAUAUAUCAAUAAACUUGUUCAAAACAAUUUUUAUUCUUUUCGAAAACAUAAAGAUAUAAGAAAUUUUUCUAAAGUAAAAAACAAAAAUUUCUUAUAAAUGUUAUAAAAAAUUUAUUGAAGAAGAAAAAGUGCGUUUAAUUUCAAAUGUUUUUUUUGUUUUUUUUAUUCAAAUCAAAUUGACAUUACUCUUCUUUUAAGUAAAGUAAGUUAUUAUUCAUUAUAUUAUCAACAAAAAAAUUUAAUUCCUAAUGAUUGUCAAAUAAAAAUGUCCCUUUUGCAAAAAAAGGUUGUACAUCCUCAACACCAUUGUUUAUUCAAAAUUCAAUGAUCUUUUUAGGAAGAAAUUUUUUUUUAUCCACUGAUCUUAUGAUUUGUAGCCCUCUAAAGCAUACAGAAUGUUUCGAUAGAUUGUAACUUUCUAAAUAUUUACAUUAUUAAAAUUAAAAUGAAAUUUUUUUAGGUAUCAAAAUUUUUAUAUCAAUGGAACAAGGAAUCGCAUAUUUUGAAUACAUUUAUAAUAUUCAGAAAAUUUAAUAUAAAUAAAUUAAGUACAAAAUUUUUUUCAAUUUUUAUUUAUCAAAUAUGUGGGUUUUACCAUCUUUAUAUAUUCAUUUAAUAUUUUGCUGUGUAAUAUAUUCAUUACAUAAGAAUACUUAAUCACUUGAAGUAUUUUAUAUACCUUGAAGAAAUACUUGUAGCAUAAUAUAAGCUCUGUAACUGCAUUCCAACUGUACAGUUCAGUACUAAUUUGAUACUUUUAUUACUGCAAAAAUGUAGUCAAAAGUUGUUUCCCGUGACUUUGAGUGUUUAGCUCAGUUCAUUUUUUACAUUACUAGAGUCUUUUCAUAAAGUAAAGUUUUUUUGAGCAUUGGUUGGACAUUUGUUAGACUUAAAAACUGUGAAUUAAUGUCUUUCAUUUUUUUUAAAUGUUUACUCUCUUUUUUUAAUGUCACACACAUUGUGUGAUAUUUGUUCUUUUUAUUUUCAUGUCAUUUAAAUUAUUAUGCAAAAAAUAUCAUUUUGAUUAUUGUUUGGCACCUGUUCUUAGUUUUGUUUAUACAUUCUGAUAUUGCAUUUCUCUAGAAUAUUUUUAAAUUUGCAUUUCUUUUUAUAUUUUGUAUUUCUAUACAAUAAAAGCUUACUUCCAUAAAA